GUCUGUCCGGAAUAUCGAAAUACUACAAUAACUAGACGUAAUCAAGCAACCCUGGCUUCCCGGAGUGAUCCUCUUUAGAAUAUAAGACGUUCUUGUUCCAAUAAUCGCUGAUGCAGGACGAUUAAUAACAAUGACCAACUAGCCGCCGACUUCCCUUCCAUCCAUGUCUGGGAACAAAGUUCUGUGACAUUGCUGUCCGAAUACAAGUAGCCGCGCUGUAUCAUCCCCUAUGCGGCUGUUGUUUCGAUUCUUACCCUGUAUUACCAUUAUUUGCAAGUUGAAUCCUUUGUCGUCUGGAAGAGUGGGCGACGAGGAAGGAUAAAAUUUUUGCUAGUCGCUCAAGGGACAGGAUGUUCUAGAACUCCGCUUGCCAGAAGGGGCGGUUGGGUAUCAGAUCGCUUGUCCACCUCAUCACAGCCUGGAAUGACAGGUAGACAGAGUGAGGGUUUUCGUCAGAGAGUAACCCAAUGGAUAGUUAUGGAUAUGGGCUAGUUGGGCCGGUUGGGGAGUGGUCGGAACGGGAAAAAUGAAUAGAGUGUCCCACCAUCCCACCAUAUACAACCCACUUACUUCUACGGUGUCGUAAUAAUAAGGCUAUUUGUCUAUAGGACGUUGGGUAUAUAGGAAUAGUGCAUGAAUUUGUCAACGCGCUUUCGCUCUCUUGAAAUCUUCAACAUCUUUCAAUCCCUGCCCUUUUGCCAACUUCAAACAGCAAAUAUGCCCCAGCAUUGUGAGUUAUAUAAAAUAAACUCCUCAUGCGUCUUGGCUCGUCUUGGGUAGGGCAGGAGGCAAUGUCGAGUCUUCGGAAGGGGGGGAAUGAAAACAAGAAGCCAACUCGAUUAAAUUAACCCGGGAGUUGUGGGAAUUAUGUGUCUCGAUACGCGUAUCCUGGGGUGCACUCACUAAUGGUAGUGAGUUGCGCUUGGCACGGUUAGUGGACAGCCUGAGACAAGUCCGCUUCGUCCAAAAAAAAGAGAGGAAAAAAGAAGAUAGUAUAAUAAGCUUAAAGGUCGGGUUAUAAUUCUGUGAAUCUACGAAUUGUUUGGUUGUUUUUAUUUUUAUUUUUAUUUUGUAUUUUUUGAUAAAAAAGUCAUGGGAUCUAUAUCCCCUUCCCAAACAGACGCAAAGGGCAAGACCCCCGGUGCCUCAAGUAACAUCGAAGUGGUACCUCCAGCUACACAGAAGGAGGUUUACAAUCGCCAUGCAAACCAUCAGAGCAACAAAGAGCUGUCAUCCUCAAGCAAAACCGGAGUUGUCCCUGACAGCACUCAAAAGGAAGUCUUCCACAACAACCACCCAGACAGCGCAGAAGGAAGUCUCCGUAGACCCAAACGGCGCCUCAGGCAACAUCGAGAUAGCCAACAACAAGCCAGCAGCAUACCUCAAAUUCCAAGUCGAGAAAUCUAGUGCGCUUGGCCUGAUCCUGCCGCAAAACCUCCAGCUCACGAUCCACAAUGUAACCAACGGCGCCUACUUCCCCACCUUCAUCACGACGGAUAUGCACUGGGAAGAUAUCCUAUCCGUGCUCCCGCCGCAAUUUAGUAUGUAUCCAGUAUCGAACACAGGCGUCGCAGAGAAAGGUACAGGUCGGAUUGUGAAUUUUUGCCCCAGGGGAUGGCAGGGAUUCACUGGAAUGAAGGCUCGUCUUGAUCUUGUCGAGAAUGGCAAUGCAGGGCUGCCACCGCAGAGAUGGACAAUUAGCCGCAGCGGGUGGACCAGGCAUUAUAAGAUGGAGGAAGAGUUACCCGCUAAAUCAGCGCCAAAUUCUCCGAACCCGACACAGUUUAUGUGGAAAGGCUCCAUGGAUAUCCUGGGUCGAUUGGAUGAUACGGCGCCGCGGUGCAGGGGGAAUUUGAAGCUGGAGACGCAAGAUGGGAACACGCUUCUGGCUGCGUGGAAGCAACGGCGGGAUGAUCGUAGAAUGGGGUCGUUUACGAUAUUUGAGGCUGCGAAGGACCUGAUUUCCUUUGAGCUUAUUGUUGGAUCGGGUAUUGCUGUUGUGAUGGCAGAGCGCGCCUCAGGGGUUAAUUUCCUCGGUGGACUUGGGAAGUAGUUUUUCUUAUCAUUUGAUCUCCAUUCCUUUAGCAGUUUGUUUCUCGCUUCAACUCUGGAAUGUUAUUCCUUUUUCCUUUUUCUUUUCAUUGCUGUCGCCUCUGGGUGACAAAGUGAUGUUCAUUCAUCUUCGUAACAAUUUCAUAACCAAUGACUGAAAUACCAAACGGACGUUGGGUCUCUUAUUUAUUUUCUCCUAUGUUUGAUCGAUUUAAUCUAGUCUGCCUGUCAAAUAUCAGUUGAGGAAAAUCUGUCGACAUACCAAGAAGUUGCCCCCCACCCGACCUCGUUAUGUAAGCAGACCCUGUGCCAACACCUGAUGUAGGAUAGUUGAAGGUUGUAUUGAUAGAUCUUGUAGGCUACUGGGGCAAAAGAGCUUGAGGAGAACUUGAAGCCGAAA